CUCCCAGCUCACAUCCCACACCAUGGCCGACGUACAAACCCCGCCGCCCGAAGCGGCGCCCCUCCCCGCAACAGACGCUCCGACCGCCGACCCCUCCUCCUCGAACGCCCCGUCAAACGCCACAGACCUCGUCCCGGCCACGACCGAGCAAACCAUUAUAACCACCAACGCUGAAGGCAAAAAGAUCAAAAAGAUAAUCCGGCGCAAACGGCGCCCCGCGCGCCCACAAGUCGACCCGGCAACCUUCAAAACCGAAGCGCCACCCCCGACCGGCACGGUCUUCAACAUCUGGUACAACAAAUGGAGCGGCGGCGACCGGGAGGACAAAUACCUUUCCAAGACAGCCGCGCAGGGGCGCUGCGUGGUGGCGCGCGACAGCGGGUACACGAAAGCGGACCGGACGCCGGGGAGCUACUUCUGCCUGUUCUUCGCGCGGGGGAUCUGCCCCAAGGGCGUGGACUGCGAGUACCUGCACCGGCUGCCGCUGGUGACGGACAUGUUCCCGUCGAACGUGGACUGCUUCGGGCGCGACAAGUUCUCGGACUACCGCGACGACAUGGGCGGCGUCGGCAGCUUCACGCGCCAGAACCGCACGCUGUAUGUGGGCCGCAUCCACGUCACGGACGACAUCGAGGAGAUUGUCGCGCGCCACUUCCAGGAGUGGGGCCAGGUGGAGCGCAUUCGCGUGCUGACGGCAAGGGGUGUUGCGUUUGUCACGUAUUUGAAUGAGGCGAAUAGCCAGUUUGCGAAGGAGGCUAUGGCGCAUCAGAGCUUGGAUCAUAAUGAGAUCCUGAAUGUGCGCUGGGCGACGGUGGAUCCGAAUCCCGCGGCGCAGAAGCGCGAGGCGCAGAGGAUAGAGGAGCAGGCCGCAGAGGCGAUUCGGAAGGCGCUGCCCGCGGCUUAUGUUGCGGAGAUCGAGGGCCGCGCUCCCGAGGCGAAGAAGAGGAGGAAGAUUGAGGGCAGCUUUGGACUGCAGGGGUACGAGGCGCCGGACGAUGUGUGGUUUGCGAAGGAGAAGGCCGAGUGGGACCAGGCGAAGGAGGUUGGGGCGCCGGAGGAGAGGCUGAUGAUUGAGGGGGGCGAGGCGGGUGAGGAGCAGGCGGAGCCAAGCGUGCCGGAGCAGAGUAACGGCAUCUUCUCGAGCUCGACGCUAGCGGCGUUGAAGGGGUAUACAGCGUCGAGUACGGCGAAGAAAGCUACGCCAGCGGCGGGGCCGUUGGUCGGAUACGGCAGCGAUGAUGAUAGCGAUUGAGCACCACCGCCCCGAAAGAUAUUACAGAGGAGAUGGCGUUGGUACUCUGGAUGGCCUCUGCACAUUGCUCAUCCAUUCACAUCGUGCUCAAGGCGAACGGGGCAGUCCAUCGUUGGACACGUAUAUCAUAGCAUAGUUGGGCAAAAGCAUAGGCGUAGGAGGCGCAAAUGAUACCCAUUUUCGAG